AUGAGUCAUCCCUGUGUGUCCCUUUUGGGAGUUCCAGAUUUGAAUCCUGCCUUGGUCCCUCCCCAAGUGCAAGGACAAGUCCUGCUGGUCUCAGAUCCGUCACUCAUUGCAGGCCACGGUAAGCAUUCCAAAAACAUCUCGGUGACCCAGAACCAGACCGUGGGGGAGGACGCUCAGUCCCACGAAAUGGAGCCGACCAGCUCCUCCAGGGCCGGUGCCACCAGCCCUGAGGUCAGACAGGACGGGGCUGCGUCGGGGAGGUUAGGGAGUCCCCAGGAUCUACCUGUAGAGCACCAUUUUGCAUGUAAAGAGUGUGGGGACACAUUUCGGCUGAAAGUCCUCCUUGUCCAGCACCAGAGAAUCCACAGUGAGGAGACGGGGUGGGAGUGUCGCGACUGCUCGCGGGUUUUCAGGGGCAUGUCAGAGUUCAGAGAGCAUCGGAAAAGCCACGUGGCCGUGCAGCCGGGCCCCCGUCCAGGUCCCGGUCCCGGUCCUGCUUCUGCUCCCAGCCGGGCCCCCGAGGACAUGGAGGUGAAGAGCAAGCAGCUGGAGAAGGAGGAGAAGCCUUUCGAGUGCGAGGAGUGUGGGAAGCGCUUCAAGAAGAACGCGGGCCUCAGCCAGCACCUGCGGGUGCACAGCCGCUCGCGGCCUCUGCGCUGCGCCGAGUGCGGGCGCGCCUUCAAGGCCACCUCGCGCCUCUUCCGCCACCCGAAGCUGCGCAGCGGCGAGGAGAAGCCACUCGCCUGCCGGGCCUGCAGCUCCCGCUUGGCGGAGCGCCCCGAGGGCCUGAAGCAGCCUAGCGCACCCGCGCCUCAACUGCCCUUCGACUGCGAGGACUGCGGCAAGUCCUUCCGCGGGGUCGCUGGCCUGGCCGAGCACCAGCGCAUCCACAGUGGGGCCAAGCCCUAUGGCUGCUCACACUGCGGCAAGCAGUUCCGCCGCAGCUCCGAGCUCACCAAGCACCGACGCAUCCACACCGGGGAGAAGCCCUAUGCCUGCGGCCAGUGCGGCAAGACCUUCCGCCAGAGCUCCAGCCUCCUGGAGCACCAGCGCAUCCACACCGGCGAGCGGCCCUAUGCCUGCAGCGACUGUGGCAAGGCCUUCCGGGGGCCCUCCGACCUCAUCAAGCACCGACGCAUCCACAGCGGACUCAAGCCCUACGAGUGUGACCGCUGCGGCAAGGCUUUCCGCCGCAGCUCGGGCCUGAGCCGCCACCGGCGCACCCACAGCGGGGCCCGGCGCUGUGAGUGCCCCGAGUGCGGCCGCGUGUUCAAGCGGCGCUCAGCUCUGCAGAAGCAUCAGCCUGUGCACCACCAGUAG